AUGUCGUUCAUCUAUAGGAGGGCGGCGCAAAUGCUGUCGAGGUGCGCGAAGGGAGGGGGCAUCAAGGAGGUUCUGCAUGAGAAGGAGGACCCCUCAAUUAAGAAGCUCUACUUCAUCCUGCACAAGGCGCUGGAAGACCUGGACAUCCUGAACCAGGUGUACACCGAGCACCUGUCCAAGUGUUGCAAGAACAAGUUCCUGGGCAUCGUCCUCCUGUGUGUGCUCGUGCAGAGGAACAAAAUCGACGGGGGAGGGAAGUUAAAAAGGGAAAUACUAAAAAGGCAGAAGGAGAUUCUUCACCUCUACAACUGUUUGAAGGAGAAAGAGGAAAGCAACAAACAAACAAAUCAAAGAAAAAAAAAACAGCUAGCCAAAUAUUUUAUCAUACAUGACCAGGACAGAAACAGCGAUGCAUUGAACGAACUGAGGGGACUCCUUCCAGUGGAGGAGGACGAAGAUGUGGAAGGUCUCUACAAAAUUGAAAGUGACCAGUUAAGCACUCUCAUCACUACCCCCACGUAUCAGCAGCAAAGUGUGAGGAUAAUAGACAAGACGUCCUGCCUAGUUGUGCAAGCAGGAAACAUCAAACAGGGAAUGGUCAUCGUGGAUGUCUGCUCAGCGCCGGGAAGCAAAGCCAUAUUUACCCUCACGCUGUUAAAGGAGAAGGGGUACCUUGUGUGCAUCGAGAAGGAUAAAAAAAGGUGCUUCACUCUAUUGCAGGAAAUAAUGAAGCAGAAUCGCGAGUUUGACGGCAUCUACCUGGAUGAAGAAUUCUCCGAGGAAAAUAAAUUAGCCCUAACGGAGGGGAACUUUUUUGCAAAAAAUAGAGAGACGAAUGUUUACUACAUAAAACACCGACGUAGCGAGAUGGUCAUCAAAGUUUUUAAUGUGGAUUUUUUCGAGUUGAGUGCCGACCAUUUUUCGUCGCUCGGGAAGGUGGACGUCGUGUUCGUUGACCCCUCCUGUUCAUCCAGUGGCAUGCCUGACUUUGCGCACAAGGAGAGCAUGCGGAGGGUGUUUCUCCCCGGGGGGGAAGACUCCAAAGGUGGGCUGCCCCCCCAAGUAGGAGACCUCCCUCCGGAAGAACCAACCCCGAAAGACGACUUCCACGAUGACGUGGCGGAGGGAAGAAUCCCAAAGGUCCCCCCGCCGUUUAAACAUAAAGUAGACAGGCUCGCCCAGUUUCAAAAAAAAAUUUUAAACCACGCACUGGCCACGUUGCAAACAGCCAACACGUUUGUGUAUUCCACGUGUUCCUUCUUUGAAGAAGAAAAUGAACAGGUUGUUGAGUCUGUGUUGCAGUCGAAUCCGGGGGUUCGUUUAGAGAAGGCAGGGAAGGACAAGUUCCUGUUUAACCGUGGCAAGUCAGUCAUCUCGAGUCAGUGUGUGCGCACCUUCCCAGAGCUGCAUGCAUGUAGGGGUAUUUUCGUCUCAAAGUUGCGUCGACACCCCUGA